AUGGGCCUCUUCAAGCAAAAGCAAUACGCCGCUCUCGCAACCCAAGGUCGCACUUCAUCUACAGUAUACUCUGGCGAGGAUAAAUUCGUUUUGGCACUUCAUAUCGGCCUCGAGAACGGCAGGGCCUCUUCACCGUGCGCCUUUUAUCAUCUGACUGGUUUAAUAGCGACUGCUGCCUUUGCGUAUCUUCGUCAUGGAGAACGUCCUUUUCUUUACAAGGUGACCAAAUGGCCAGGGCAUAAAGAGGAGACGUCGAAUCCCGAGAUCCCGACAAUUGUGGUGUACCACCGACCAAACUUUAUUGGUUGUGGGCCGCAAGCCCCAGACUUCAAACAUCAGCCUGGUUACAUAUCUGAGCGGUCUUUCCCCCGAUAUCUCAAUGUUCUUGGUACAGAUGAAGAAAAGAUGUUGCCGCCGCCUAGGGCCCCUCUCGAGCAGAUCUAUCGAGACUUCUUGCGCUACAUGUACGAUGCGACUCGACUGGCCUGUCAAGGUGCUAUAUCAAACGGAGCAAAGCUCUGGGACGAGCUACAUGGCGUUAUGGAGAUUGUAUUCCUGACUCCGCCGUCUUGGGGGGAUGCUCAGAAAGACUUUGUUCGUCGAGCCGCUGCCGAGGCUGGUCUGUGCGACAUGGAGAGAGCUGGUGAUGCAAUUUUAUUCACCCCCAAUCCUUAUCCACUUCUUCAUAUUACGAGCGAAGGCUUUCGACGCGUUCAGUUGUCCGUCGGGGAGAUUGUUGGCAUUGUAAAUGCUGAGCAUAACGUGUCCGAUUUGGAUUUCUACUCCUGCCAGGAGACAGGUCCGGAGCUCGUGCUGCAAUACCAGCGACCGGCUGCGAUGAGCAAUUCAUCGAACACACUGGCAAGAUCUGCGUUGCAGGAAGCGUGGAGCAGCUCACAUUCUAUGUUCAAAGACACCGACAUUGACUGCCUUUUGACUGCCUGGAGGGAUCGCUAUUUGGAGACAUUUGACGGGGAAACGGCGACCAACUUUGGUCUGCCAAUCUCUGAACGCAGUCUCAGAUCAUUGCAUCUCAACCCGAGUCAGAUGCGCGAUAUCUUUUCACACUACGUAGACGCGCUUGUUGAAGCUAUUGAGCGCUUCUCCCCACGUCCCAAAUAUAUCCUGGCCACCGGGGAACUCUUCCUCUCCCCUUACUUGGCAAAGGCACUCACUGCGAAAUGCGGGCCGCUCGGUGUGACUUUGGUACCUCUGGGAGGCAAUACGAUGCUUGUAGAAGCCGCAGUACUAUGGUGCGCUGCGAAGAUUUCAACGCGGCCACAAGACCAAGAAGGCCUCAGCCAACAACAACUCGACGAACAAAGAACCGAAGGAUGGUCCGAGGCUGGGCCCGCAUCGACGUCGGCGACUAGCUACUAUGGAGAGCAGAAUCAAUCUGGGCACCAGGAGGCAAUGGACAAAAAGGCGGGUUUCUCACCCAUUCAAGAGGCUCCUCCUCAUUACGAUGAUGUCGGGAACCAUGUUUCGCCGUCUCAAGCUGCAGGAGGGCCGGCUGUCUCAGAAGAACUCCAGCGACUGAGACUGGAGCUUGAAGAACUCCGCGCAGGGCGUACUCCCGACAGCAGCACGACCUCUCCAAGUACACCUAUAUCACCACCAGAUGUCAAAACUGUCCAUAGGUUCUCCUCGAUGUUCAAGAGGUCUGCCAAAGGCUCCUUGGGGAAGUCACCCGUAGUUACUCAAGUUGAGACGACGUAA